GUUUAGGAUUUUGUCGUAAAUUUCCGAAAAAAUUUCAGUUUUUAUAAAAACUAUUGUUCAUAGAAAAGAAAACCCUAUAAAUAAAACUAAAUACAAAAUGACUGAACGAGAUUACGCACCUCUAAGUGUAGCAUGUGUGCGGGGACUUUGUGAGAAAUUAUAUGAUAAACGAAAAUUUGCAGGUGGCGAAAUUGAAAAGAUGGUAAAAGAUUUCCACGAUGCUAACAACACAAAUCAGAUCAAAAAGCUAAUCAGGGUUUUAGGGCAGGAUUUGAUGUCAAGUACGAAUCCAAAUGUAAAAAAUGGGGCGUUGAUGGGCCUUUCAUCUGUAGCUGUUGGUCUGGGACAGGGCUGUGUAACAUAUUUAAGUGAACUAACACAUCCCAUCAUAGCCUGCCUGGGUGAGAGUGAAGCUAGAGUGCGGUAUGCAGCCACUGAGGCACUGUUUAAUGUUCUAAAGAUAGCUCGCAGUGACUCCCUUACGUUAUUCCCUAUUGUGUUCGAUGCCCUUGCCCGUCUUGCGGCUGAUCCUGAGGCGCAGGUGCGACAGGGAGCUGAGUUGCUGGACAGAUUAGUGAAGGACAUAGUAGUGGAGAGCGGGCGCGUGACGCUAACCAGCCUGGUGCCGCUGCUACGGGCUCGACUGGCAGCUCGAGCGGCGGGCGCGCGCCAGUUCGCGGUAGGAUGGGUGUGCGCGCUCGACGCGGCGCCGGCGCUCGGCCUGCGAGCACACCUGCCCGAACUACUGGACCCCCUCAUGGCUGUGUUGGAUGACCCUAAUCCGGAGAUACGACGCAUGUGCGAGGUGCAGCUAAAUGAGUUCCUGCGCAGCAUCAAGAAGGAGCCCAGCGAGGUGGACUUCCAGGCGAUGAUCAACAUACUCAUUGCGCACGCGCAGUCCACAGAUGAUCUUAUACAGCUGACGGCGAUAACGUGGCUGAAAGAGUUCGUGGAGCUGGCGGGCGCGUCGCUGCUGCCGCACGCGUCGGGGGUGCUCGCCGCCGCGUUGCCCGCGUUGGCGUACCACGACGACGCAAGACGGAAAAUACGGGAGACGGCCGCGAUAGUCAACUUCCAGUUGAUGAAUCUUGUUGUCAGCGAUGCUGCCGAGGACGUCAGUGCUGUACCCGCUGACGUCACCGCUGCUGCCGACAAAAGUGACGUCACUGCUGUCACAGACAGGAGUGAGGCGGGUGACGUCACAGACGCAGCCGGCAAAGACACCGCCGGGAAGACGGCGCUGAAUUUGGACGCCGUAGUAGGAGUUUUGACGAAAAUGUUGAACCACAACUCUGUGCACACCAAAGUGGCGACUCUCGACUGGAUCUUACAUCUGUACACCAAGCUGCCUAAUAUGAUGUAUGGUCAGACGGAACGCGUGUUCGGCGGUGCGGUGGGCGCGCUCACCGACCCGGCGGACGACGUGGUGCGGCGCGCGCUCGCCGUGCUCGCAGAGAUCUGCUCGUGCCCCGCCCCCGCCGCGCCCACAGCCGCCUCCGCUGCGGGUGUGCUGGAGUCCAGCCCGUACUACCACAAGUUCCUGCGCGCGCUGCUGCGGCUGCUGGCGGCCGACGAAAACCUUCUAGAAGACCGAGGCGCUUUCAUCAUCAGGCAGCUGUGCGUGCUGCUCGGCGCGGAGGAGGUGUUCGGGGCGCUGGCGCGGAUACUGCGCGACGCCCGCGAGCUGCGCUUCGCCGCGCGCCUCGUCGACGUGCUCAGCUCGCUGCUGCUCACCGCCGCCGAGCUGCACCACACGCGCCGCCAGCUGCGCGCCUUCGCCGACCCGGCGACGCACGCGCUGUUCGAGGCGCUGUACGCGAGCUGGUGUCACAGCCCGGUGGCGCUGCUGUCGCUGUGUCUGCUCACACACAACUACGCACACUGCAACCGGCUUAUCGCCACAUUUGGCGACCUCGAGAUCACAGUGGACUUCCUCACUGAGGUGGACAAGCUCGUGCAGCUCAUAGAGUCGCCGAUAUUUGCAUACCUGCGACUGGAGCUGCUGGGCGGGGCGCAGAGCGCGGAGCUGCGCGGCGCGCUGUUCGGGCUGCUGAUGCUGCUGCCGCAGAGCGACGCCUUCCACGCGCUGCGCCGCCGCCUGCAGUGCGCGCCCGCCGCGCCGCUGCCGCUGCCACUCCCGCCUUCUCGGGAGAACAACAUCGACUUCGACGCGCUGCUGCAGCAGUUCGUGACGCUGCAGGAGGCGCACCGCCGCGAGCGCCUGCUCGAGCGACGCAUCUCGCGCGCCCGCUUGCACGACCAGCUGUGACGCACCGUCACGGAUACGCAGCAGUAGUGACGUAGUGUGACAGAUACGGAGUAGCAGUGACGCAGUGUGACAGAUCCUAGCAGCAGUGACGUAGUGUGACAGAUACACAACAGUGCCGUAGUGUGACCGAUACGCAGCAGCAGUGACGUAGUGUGACGGGUACGCAGCAGCAGUGACAUAGUGUGACGUAAUGGGAUGCUUGCAGCGCGUCAUUCGUCAAUGACGCCUGACGUACCAUCAGAGAAAUUGUUUCAUAGGCAGUUGACGGGCCUGCGUCAUUCGGUCGGAUUAUGCCAUUUUAAUAUUUGUGUUGAUCUCUCUGCUGGGUUUGAUAUAACGCGGCCACAUUAAAUAGAUCCCCCAUCUGCUUAUGAAUCAACUUCUGUGAUAAUCAAAUGAUGAUCCUAAUAAAAAAAAUAGUACAAUAGCAACGCAGUGUGAUUCCUGACGUGUAACAGCAGUGACGCAGCGCGAGAACUGAUGCGCAGCAGUGACGCCUGACUAUAGCAGCAGCAGUAGUUCAUAGUGACGUAUGAUGCGCUUCUGCAGUAGCAGUGACCACAUUGAUACGCUGCAGCAGUGACAUAUUGUAACGCUGCAGCAAUGACGUAGUGUGACGCUCCAGCAGCGACGCAUUGUGACGCUUUGCAGUGUCAAGCCACAGUGAUGACUCACAUGCACAUAGUGCAGCUACCAGCAUGCUAGUGACGUAUUUUAGGUUAUUCCGACUGUAAACAACUAGCUGAUCAUAUUGUUUUUACUUUUUGUAUGAAUAUUGCUGUUGUACAGCUAUGAAAACAAUAAAAUUUUUGCAUCAUAAUGCGGUCU